AUGGCUCUCUACAGCAACUUCAAGUGGGAAAGCCACGUUUACCAAUCCUCGCCUCGAACGGAACUUGACAUUUUCGCGCCGCCGAGCGUAGAGUCCUCCUCCUCGGCGCCCCGACGCACGCUGAUCGCAUUCCACGGCGGCGGUCUGGGUUCUGGACGGCGCGAUAUGUGGAUCCCCGACGGCGUGGCGGCGACGCUGCUGGGCCGGGGCUGGAACGUCAUUUCCGCCGACUACUCGCUGCUUCCGCAGUCGAGCGGCAUCUUGCUCCUGCGCGAUUUGGCACACCUCGAGCAGUGGAUCGUCGCGAAUGCGGAGAAGCUGCGGAUCAACACGGCUUAUAUCGCUGUCGGCGGCACGAGCGCCGGGCUCCUCGUCGCUGCUCUGCUGAGCUUGUACGGCAUGCUGGAUCUGCGCUCGGACUUGUACUCGACGGCGAAGCCGACGUCAGCACUGUCGGUCGUGGAGGGGAUGACUUCCCAUGAAGUCGCCGUGGAGGAGUUUGCGGAGCUCCUGGGGAGCUCUCAUGUCCUGACGAACGAUGCGGACCCCUUCUCUGUCGGCGGCAGGAUGCGCCUCCUGCUGUGGGCGAACAAGUGCGGAUUUACGUUCGAUUUCUUGAUGGGAAGGCACGAGAGUCAGCGCGGAAUAGGAGUGGAGCGGGUGCCCGAGGAGAGAGAAGCUGAAAUCCUGCCGAUGGAGUUGGUGUCCAAGAUGCCACCCUCUUGGGGGAUACACGGGGAUGCGGAUACGUUUGUUCCGGUGGAGGAUUCGAGGCGGUUCGUGAAGGAGUUGAGAGGUGCCGGCGUCGUGGUGCAGUACAUAGAGAUUCCUGGUGCGGAGCACGAAUUGAUCGGGUUGCUGGCUGAUUAG